GAAGCAAAUUCUUGCAUGGGGUUUCCCUCCUUUACACUUCCAGGCAUGUUGCUGCUACUGCAGUUCAUCUUGUUACUCUUCUACUCUCAGCAAGCUGCAUCAGUGCAGCACAACAACUUCACAGACCUCGCGGCGCUGCUCUCCUUCAAGAGCCAGGUUCGUGACCCCGACGGCCUCCUCGACAGAAGCUGGAGCUCCAACACAUCCUUCUGCAGCUGGCUCGGCGUCUCCUGCAGCUCCAGGCGGCUGAGAGUGGUUGCUCUACGGCUUGCCGGACUCUCGCUUCACGGCACGAUCUCUCCUCACCUCGGCAACCUCUCCUUCAUGACCCACCUCAGCCUCAGCAACAAUUCUCUCGGAGGGCUCAUCCCCGAGUCCCUCGGCCGCCUUCCCCGCCUCACAUACCUUGGUCUCGGAGUCAAUCGGCUGUCUGGACGUAUUCCUGCCACCGUCUUCAACAUGUCUUUCUUGGAAUAUCUAUCUUUUACGUCGAACAACCUCUCAGGCCCACUCCUCUUACGUAACGCGAGCUUUACGGUCCCUAAGCUCAAGUCGUUCUCCAUUCAGUCCAAUCAGAUCAGCGGCACGAUCGCCUCGGGCUUGCUCCAAUGCCAAGACUUGGAAGAACUGUGGCUGUCCUCGAACCAACUGAGCGGAAGCAUACCGGCGGAGUUCGACAAGCUGCAGAAGCUAACUAGUCUGCUAGUGGACACCAACGACCUCACGGGGACAAUUCCAGCAUCAUUAGGCAACCUCACGAGCCUCGUCGAGCUCGAUCUCCACACAAACUCCCUGCGCGGUCCCAUUCCGCCCGAGCUGGGCAGUCUGCGAAAUGUUCAAUGGCUAAACCUGGCAGACAAUAUCCUGACAGGCGGUUUUCCUGCGUCGAUACUGAAUGCUUCCAUGGUUAGUGUUCUCAGCCUUUCUGCCAACAACUUGACAGGGUCGGUGCCGGCCGAGCUAGGGAAUAACCUUCCUUUCCUCACCAAACUAGGUUUCGGGCCAAACCAGCUGAGCGGUCGGCUCGAUUUCAUCACCUCUCUAUCAUCCUGCAGGAAGUUGCAGAAUCUGUAUAUUGCAGACAAUCAGCUAGAGGGCAGUAUUCCGGAUUCGGUCGGUAAUCUCAGCAGAAGCUUUUUGAAGUUCAAUGCUCGCGGGAAUCGUAUCUCGGGAAGAAUUCCCAUGACACUUGGUAAUUUGAGUGGCCUCCUCAACUUGCAUUUAGAAAACAAUUGGCUGACUGGAAGCAUACCGCCGGCCUUGUCCAAUCUCAGAGAGCUCCAACUUCUCUACCUAGGAAGCAACAGUCUCUCCAAAUCAAUACCCUAUGAGCUCGGCAAACUAAAGAGACUAGGCCAACUAAACCUCGAAUUCAAUGAAUUGAAUGGAGCCAUACCGGACUCGAUCGGGAACAUCAGUGGACUACAAUUCCUACGGCUUCAUAACAAUAGGUUGUCGUCGAGCAUUCCGCGUAGCAUAUGGAGUCUCACCAACCUUGUCGGUAUGUACCUCUCUCAAAAUUCUAUGGAGGGCUCAAUCCCUUACGGCAUCGGAAACUUGGCGACCCUAAGCAAUUUGGAUUUAUCCACCAAUCGAUUCUCGGGCAGCAUUCCUGAUGCUUUUGGGCAGCUUCUGAUGCUCACCACUCUGAACAUUUCCAACAACUUCUUCGACGGUCCUAUUCCGCAAUCCUUCGGCAAAAUGAUCAGCCUCCGGUAUUUGGACCUCUCAUCAAAUGAAUUCUCCGGGCCGAUACCGAAAUCUUUAGCCGAUCUCAAGUACCUUGUCGGCUUGAACCUCUCUUUUAACAAGCUGGAGGGGCAGAUCCCAAGCGGCGGUGUGUUCGCCAAUAUCACCUUCCGAUCUUUGAUGGGGAACAUAGGAUUGUGCGGACCGUCGUUUCUCAGAAUUCCGCCUUGCUCCGACCAAUCUACUGAUUCUGAUCCAAGAAGCAAACAACAAAAGCUCAAAAUUAUUCUUCCUACGGUUGCUUCUUUAGUAGUCCUCUUUUCUUGCUCAUUUUUUUAUUUCGUACUUCAUCGAAAGAGCAAUCAUGCAAUUCCCUCCUCUAAUACGACAUGUCUGAAGCACUAUAGCCUAAUACCAUACCGUGAUCUUCUUCGCGCCACCGACAAUUUUAACGAGUCCAAUUUACUAGGCGCAGGAAGCUUCGGCUCUGUUUACCGAGGACGCUUAGACGACGGAUCACUUGUUGCAGCAAAGGUCAUAAAUCUAGAGAAAGAAGGGUCUUCGAAGAUCUUCGAUGUAGAAUGUCAAGCCUUGCGCAUGAUUAGGCACCGAAAUCUCGUCAAAGUCAUCAGCACUUGCUCUAACAUGGACUUCAAAGCAUUAAUCCUCGAAUAUUUGCCCAACGGGAGCCUGGAGAAUUGGUUAUAUUCUCCUGGUUAUUGCUUGACUCUCCUUCAGAGGAUAAACAUUGCCUUAGAUGUGGCCUCAGCAUUGGAGUACCUUCACCACCACCUCCGUCAAGUUGUAGUGCACUGUGAUAUAAAACCAAGCAAUGUGCUGCUCGACGAAGAUAUGAAUGCUCAAGUUGGCGAUUUCGGCAUUGCUAAACUGUUGGCCUCUGAUGGCAAAUCCGUAGCGUUGACGAGUGCAGCUGGUACCGUAGGAUAUAUGCCUCCAGAAUACGGAUUUAUGGGUCGAGUAUCAAGAAGAGGAGAUGUAUAUAGCUAUGGAAUACUGCUACUCGAAACUUUUACAAGGAAGAAACCUACGGAUCGCAUGUUCGAUGGGGAAUUAAACUUGAGGCAGUGGGUAUCUGAUGCAUAUCGCACUAGGUUGUUUGACAUUCUCGACGCCAACCUGUUUAGAGACGCGCGUGUUGAUAGAGUAGCUGCAGAAGAAGAUCAUGGGACGAGAAAUCGAUGCCUAAUGUCCGUCCUCGAACUGGCCUUGCAAUGCUCCAAGGAUUCUCCUAGAGACCGGAUUCUGAUGAAAGAUGUUGUUCCUAUAUUGCAAAAGAUAAAGAUAGAAUACUGCAAAAGCUUCCCAGAAACUUGAAGAGUGGCAUUGAGACUUCAGUCUAUUGAAUGUACCAGUAUCAGUCAUCAAAUUUAUCUAAGAGCUUCAAUUUUUCAGAAACAUUGCUGCUUAGAAUGUAACUGCAAGCUAGAGCAAGUACAUGAUAAGUAGAUUUCGUUAUUCAAAUUUAGUAUUGUUGGCACAGUUUGUUCUAAGGGGAACAUCUCAAUAAUAAGCAUAAUUUUUAACCUGGUAGAAUCUUUGAA